GACGUCAACCAGCGGAUCAAGAUGGCUGCUAACUCUGCAGGUCAAGACCCAAGUCGAUUUUCAACCCACUCUUUCAGAAUUGGAGGCACUACAGCGCUCUUUGCGGCAGGCAUCGACAGUCUGACGAUCAAGUUGUUUGGGCGGUGGAAGUCCUCUGCUUUCGAGCGGUACACUCGCAUCGACGACCAAGUCACAUCAACGAUGACAAGGCAAAUG